AUGGCAGAGCCGGCAGCGAAGAAGGCCAAGGUCGAGAAGAAGAAGACGACCUUCGAAGAUCAGCGGAAGGCUGUGGUGGAGGAGAAGAACCGGGAGGAACUCCUGGAUGGGCUUUUCGAAGCCUGGGACUAUGAUGGCUCCGGCACCCUGACUUUGGAGGAGAUCUUGCCUUUCUACAUGAAGAGCUCCGUGAAAAACGACGUGCUUGAGCCGCAGGUCCGAGCUGGUUUUGAGAAGUUCUGCGGCUCGCAAGGCAUCGAUCCUGUGAAGGGCAUUGACAGGGCAGUGUUCAAGAAAUGGUUGAGCAAGUUGUCCGAGGAGCAGUUGGCUGCGCACUACGUCCGUCACGUGCAGGGCUGGACCGACGAUCCUUACAAGAUGAACAUGAACCUGGCUGUGGUGAAGGACUUCAGAGGCAAAAGCAUCAAGGAGAUCCUGGAUUCUCCAGUGCAUGCCAUUAGAGGCCUCUCCGGGGAAAAUGGAGAGGCAACCCUGGAGAAGCUUGGCAUCAAGACCGUCCGCGAGCUAGCUGGAUGGCGUGUCUUCCUGUUAGCCCGGGCGAUUGUGACCAUGGCGCCAACGGAAAACACUGACGAGAAUGACAAAGAGGGGAGCGCCCCUUCUGGCAAGAUGAACAUCCGGAACAUGCUGGACUCGGAGUAUGAGACGGCGCCGCUGAAGCAGGUCGUUGACUUGCCUGUGUCAGCGCUGAGCAUCCUCCCUCCGGAAGGUGUGGACGUCCUGGCGGCCAUCAACAUCCGAACAAUCAAACACUUAGGUACCCGCAAGUACUUUCAUUGGGCAAAUGCCAUUCUCGAAUUGGAGCAGUACGAAGCCUGA